AUGUCAUUUGAUCUUUUAGCCUGCACGGACAUACGUGGGGAGAAGCUUAAUGUUGAACUGCCGUUUAUGGAGCCACCGGACUCACUUGCGGAAUUUUAUUGCAUAUUAGAGCGUGUUUUCCGCGGGGAGGAGAACGACGUCAAGAAAAGAAAGGCAGAGACGUCGAUACAUCCUUCGGAGCCAUUUACCGUGAGUCGUGUGCAGAGAUACGAGGAAGACACACAGACGUGGCUGGAGCUCAACGAUGUGUGUGAACUACACCUACACGACCAGUUGUACGUGUUUCGCAGGCAUGCAACAAGAGCGGAUAUCUCGACACAGCGCGAUAUUCCCGCGCCGCGCAAAAGCUCCUACUUCAUUUCGUGUGAGCUAGGUUUGGCGAACACGGCUGCGGAGCCCAAACCGAACCAUAACCGCACCUGGGAAACGUCCCCGUCGCCACCUUUACUCUCCUCUGUGCCACUGCAGUCAGGUGCUUCUGGUGUACCAAGGAAUGAGAAUCUAAAACAAAACGGCGGUACGCUACAAACACUUCCUGCGCAUCACACGGAGUAUUCUGUAGGGGUGGAAAGUAAUGGCGCCCACAUGCCGACCAUGGAACAUGGGUACAGUAACCUUUCAGCUGUAAGGGAGCAUCUCUCGUCUGAACAGGUAGGUGUGGUUUUUGCCGUUGGGGAUUCCAAUCACCGCGGCUACCUGACACUGCGUGAUUUUCAAGGCAUGCUCAACGCGUGUGAAAUUCAGUUUCCAAUGGAGGUUCUGGAGGAAAUUCAUUGUUGCUUUGCAGCAGAGAAGCGCGGUGAGGCAGUGAUGGGUUUUCAAGAUUUCCAGAACUUUGUGCAGGAGUUUGCACAGACGGCUAGUGUGGCUUACACGCGCUUAGGUGUUCGUGCGCGCCAACGCGAUAUCGAACAGGAGCAGCGUGACAACGCUGCCGCCGUUGACGGGCUUCAGGCAGAGAAGAAGGCACUGGAGGGACGCCUGGAGGUUGUGCGGAGACAACUUACCAGGGAAAACGAGAAGGAGGCGCGUCUGCGAAAUGAGUUGGAUGACUUGCGGGGGCUAGACGAAGCCGACUACCGCGAGCAGGAGCAGAGGCUCCUUGACAAGGAAGUUGUUGUAUUCCAGUAUCGGCAAAAAUUGCAUCAGGAGGAGAACGACUAUGAGCGCCUGGUGGCUGAGCGACGGCGGAGAAAACCUAAUAUGUCAUUGGGGAAAUUGCCCGUGCAGAUUGGCGGUUGUUCGUACAAGCCGCGCCAAUACGCCGUUGCCGCGGCAGCAGGAAAGUACGAUACAAAAAGGAAGUGGUAA